GUCAUUCACGAGCGUCGACGCGUGAAGUCGUUGCCAAGAGCGGCAGGUGUUUGCUUUUGUCGGCUUCGCUUGCCGUCGCCCGUCGGCGCGCACCGCUUCGUGACACAUUUGGACAAUGCACUGAUUGGCCCAGCCUGAGAGUGACACGCUCCAUUAACAGCUGUUGACGGCGCAUUUGACUCGAAUACGUGCCGACACGGCAGCACGGAAACCGGAGCACUGAUAGGCGCUGCGUAGAGAAGACGGAAACCAUAGUCGCCGAGGUGGUGCUUCGAUGGGGAACUGCUGAUUCCGCUGUGAGCCGGCUGGGCCGUAACCAUAGUGAGCGAUAAGGUACGCGAUGAGGGUCGGAAAGACAAGAGCAUGAUGCCGAACGGCUGCGUCGUUCCGCGUUGCCCCAUUGCCGAUAUCGGAGCAACGUUGGCCUUAACGUCACACCCCUGGCCUUACCGAGUCGCCUAAAAGGAAGUCUGACGCGACAGUGCAACGGGGGCGAUGGCACCGCGAAUGUGAUAUUUCGCAGUACCGAAAACGGGUAACAUUAGGAGACAUUGAAGCCUGUGUAGGAGACAGCAGCGAGGGUGUCUGACCCACACUAGUGUUGCACCAUGGCAUUCUUCCGGCAGCUCCGAGUGAUCCUGUGGAAGAACAUUGUUGUGUACUCGUUCAAACGUCACUAUGUGCUCACCUUCUUCACCAUGGCCAUACCUCUCAUGCUGUCCGGAGUGCUGUUGUACCUUCGUAGUCUGGGCUUCAGCGGCGGUGCAGAGCCGAUUGUGCGUAUGAAUGCUACCACCUACACCGAAUUCACUCCGGAGUUUGCGUACCAAGUGCUACCCCCAUAUCCUUAUGCACCCAACACAACUUACGGCAACAGUCUUAUGAAAGCUGUCAUGGGAAAUGAAGCCAUAGGGUUUCCUUCUGAGGAGCUGGUUGACGCGUUCAUCGCACGUCACGCCUUCGAGUCGCCCGAUGGAACCUCGAUGGCUGUCAUCUUGCAUGGUCUUCCGCCGAACGGAUCUUCGCCGGUCAACCUCAGCUACACACUGCGCUUCAACACGUCCCAUUUCAACUUCAAGACGGGAGAGCGGUUUCCCACGUUCAGGACCCCAGGUCCUCGACGGGAAGAUCCCCUUUACUUGACACUGAUGUGGGGACUGCAGGACAAAAUGUUCACGGAGCACGUGAAUCUUUUGAGGAAAGAAAAGGGGCUUACACGCCAGAAGCCAGCGAUCGCCAUGCACAGAUUCCCAUACCCGGAGUACAAUGAUGACAGCAAGUUUGACCUCAUCUCUCGACUCAUCGCCAUGUUUGUGGUGUACAGCUACCUCGUGUUUUCACCCAUCUACGUUCGGAGGGUCAUUUCUGAAAAGUCGUCUAGAGUCAGAGAACUGAUGCGUAUGAUGGGCCUGAGUGACUGGGUCUAUUGGAUCGGCACCUUUGCCAGCGGUUUCCUGGUGCUGGCCAUCACGCUGACCAUCAGCUUGAUCCUCUUCAAGAUCCCCGUCGCGCCUCUGGCAGCGGUCCUCCUCUACAGUGACUUCAGCCUCCUCCUGUUCAUAUGCCUAAUUUAUGCAACAUCGGCUAUCCUAUUUUUGCUCCUGUUCACCGUUAUCUUCAACAGCGCCGUGGUUGGAGUCAUCUUCUCUACGAUUGGCUGGGUCAUCAGCUACAGCCUGCCCACGUCCAUCUUGGACCCGCUCGGCUCGGAUCGCUACAUGAGCAUCAGCCGCAGUGCCAAGCUGUCCACUUCUCUGCUACCCAACAGCGGUCUUUACUGGGCUUUCCGCCUGAUCUCCUUUCUAGAGGGUCAAGGGAUCGGUGCCAAAUGGAGCAACCUGGGGACUGAGGCAGUGCCCGCGGACAAUGUGACGCUUGGCGAAAUUGUGCUCAUCAUGCUUACGUCGGUGUUGAUCUAUGCGCUCCUGUUGUGGUACCUCGACAACAUCUGGCCCUUCCAGUACGGCAUUCCAAAGCACCCGCUCUUCUUUCUCCAGAUUGUCGGUGUCACCAGCAGGAUGACGCACCGCAAGUAUUACCGCCGGAGUUCAGUUUUCUACAAGUCGAAGUGGUGGUACCGGCGCGUUUACCGACUCGUAUGGAACCGGCUUAAGCCUAAGAUUAGGAAGAAAUCCUAUUGGUACUCGUCAUUGGAACACGACAGCGAGCACGAAGGCAUCACUGACCAGGAAGUCAAUGACACCGACAGCGUCUUCGAGCCUCCGCCAUCAGAUGCGCAGACCACCAUUGCACUCUCUCACGUGACCAAGAAAUUUAGAGGCACCAACAAGAAGGCUGUUGACGACCUGUCUCUACAAAUUUUUGACGGCCAGCUGACGGUCCUCCUGGGGCACAAUGGCGCUGGCAAGACAACCACCAUGAACAUGAUCACAGGGCUGUUCCCACCCACUCGCGGUCAGGUGCACAUCAAUGGCUACAACAUUCAGACCCAGACCAAGAAGGCGCGGGAAAGCUUUGGCCUCUGUCCGCAGCACAACGUCCUUUUCGAUGAGCUGACGGUCGAGGAGCACCUGUACUUCUUCUACAGCCUCAAGGAAAGCCCAGAAGUGAGCUGGAAGGCGCACGUGAAUGAUGUUCUCACAAGCGUCGACCUCACCGAGAAGCGCUCGGCGUUGGCGAAAAGCCUCUCGGGCGGCAUGAAGCGCAAGCUCUCGCUCGGCAAUUCCAUGAUUGGAGACUCCAAGAUCCUGAUUUUGGACGAGCCGACAGCGGGCAUGGACCCACAGGCACGUCGCGCGGUGUGGACCCUGCUGCAGAACCUGCGCAGGAGCAAGACGAUCCUGCUGACCACUCACUACAUGGAGGAGGCUGACGCGUUGGGCGAUCGCAUCGCGUUUGUGGCACACGGCAGGUUGCAGUGCUGCGGUUCGCCACUGUUUCUCAAGAAGCGAUACGGAACUGGCUACCGCAUGAGAAUCGCUAAAGGAAGCGACUUCAGCCUUGGUGUUGUAACGGAAAAGGUCGCUUCGGCCAUUCCGGCAGCCCAGCUUACCUCGGACAUUGGCCACGAAGCCAUGUUCAACCUCGGCUUUCCGCCGGCGUCUGACGUCAUCCCGCUUCUGAAGAACCUCGAAGAGCACAAGGAAAGCCUCGGCAUUGCGAGCCUCGGAAUAUCGGUCACAACCAUGGAGGACGUGUUCAUCAGGGUCGGUGAGUUGGCAGACAUCAGCUUCGAGAUGAACGGCGCGCCAUCCAGCUCUCACAACGGCACCGAUCACAUGGGUGGCCUGGUGGAAGCGCUUUGGAAGAAGGUUGACGAGUGCCGGUACGUUUGCGUUGCAGACGACGAAUACCCAACGUUCCAACGCACAAGUGGCCUACCGCUGCUAGCGCAGCAGGCCACGGCAUUGUUUCGGAAGCGGUGGCAUGCCACCAAGCGUCAGUACUUCCUUCCGAUCCUCGCCAUCGUCAUCCCCGUGGUGCUCUUCUUCCUGUACACCUCGCUCGACAUCCAGGGCGCCGAGGAGACGACUGUCAAGAAGCUCGUCUACGACAUCGGCAGUUACUCCGGCUCGACGAAUGGCUUCCUCAGCAACGGAACUUCGUCGCUGGGCAGGGUGGAUUUCGUUGAUGCGAUGACUCAGCAAAGAGUGAUGGUCAAGGAGGACGUGGAGGAUCCGGAUGACUUCCUUCUCAAAGUGGCCCGGCGCAGCCUUGCAGAGUACAACGGAAAGUACCUCGUAGGUGGUCAAACUGACAACGAUGCAAAAGCCGUGGCCUGGUACAAUGGCGAGCCGUACCACAUUGGCUCUAUGUCUCUAAACUUGGCGCACACAGCUGCACUGAGAUACGUCUCCGGAGAAGCCACCGCCAAGGUGUCGGUCACCAAUUGGCCACUCCCUGGCGAGCUGUCCGAACAGAUUGGUGUCGCUUCGUACGACCAGGCAGCCCGCAUCCUGGCCGCUGUCUUUGUCCCCACAGCGCUGGCCUUCCUGUCCUCGUCAUUUGUGCUCUUCCCGAUUCACGAGCGCGUCACCAAGUCCAAGCUGCUGCAGCUCAUGGCCGGCGUGCCAGGCGUCCUCUUCUGGGGUGUCACGUUCCUCUGGGACUUCGCCGUCUUUGCUGUCUGUAGCACGACCGUCAUGAUCCCGCUCCUGGUGAUCAACCCCAAUGGCGUUUUCACCUCCAGUCCUGGUGUGCCAGCGGCCACAUACUUGCUUUUCCUUCUGUAUGGCUGGGCGGCCAUCCCAUUCAGCUACAUCUUCUCAUAUGUCAAGGACAAACCGUCUUCCGGCUAUUCCCUUCUGACCACGAUCAAUGUCAUCACAGGCGUGAUGCUGAGCAUUGUGAUGGCCGUCGUGUCGUUCCUUGCCAAGUUCCCCAUGCUGGGCAUUAACGAAGACGCAGUGCAAAAGUCCAUGUGGUUCUUGCGGGUGGUGCCCGGAUUUGCCGUCACCUGGGGUUUCUCCAACAUCCACGAGAUCGGUGGGGAUCCGGCCAAGUGCGCCAAGCUGACGCCCACCCUGCUGAAGAGCUACUGUCCCAUAUCUCAGCUCAUGGGCAUCGAGGUUUGUUGCCAAGAUUGUGGCAACGGUACUUACUGCUACAUCCCCCACUCGCCGUUUGGCAUGGAUCGCUCGGGAAGCGGACGGGAGAUGCUGUACCUCUUCUUCGUUGGCAUCGUUCUGUUCCUUCUACUGGCGUUCUUUGAGACCAACAUCUACGGCAUCUGGUACCGAAUCAGGUCGCUUCUCAGACGAAGGUCCCGCGAAGAUAUUGAGAUGUCCAUCCAUGCGGUGGGUACGGUGGAGGACAACGAUGUUGCCGCAGAGCGCACAGCAGUCGAAGCACUGGUCAAGGGAGGCAACACGGCGAACGAAGCGCUGGUUGCCCUCAACCUGAAGAAGAACUUCGGAACUCUUCAGGCUGUGGACAACCUGACUUUUGCCGUGCACAAGAACGAGUGCUUCGGCCUUUUGGGUGUCAAUGGCGCGGGCAAGACGACUACCUUCAGGAUGCUCACCGGUGACCUCCCCAUGAGCUCGGGCAAUGCAUACCUGGGUGAAGCUAACCUUCAACACGACCUUCAGGAGUUCCAGUCGAAGAUCGGCUACUGCCCACAGUUUGAUGCUCAGAUAGACAAACUGACCGGUCGAGAGACCCUGGAGCUGUUUGCGCUCAUCCGAGGUGUCCCCAAUCACCGCAUUCCUUCAGUCAUCAACUACAUGAUCAACCUAGCAGACCUGCAGGCCCACGCUGACAAGCCUACAGAAGCUUACAGUGGUGGGAGCCGGCGCAAGCUGUCCAUCGCCAUGGCACUCAUCGGCAACCCUCCGGUGGUGUUCCUCGACGAGCCGACUGCGGGCGUCGACCCAGCGGCACGGCGAAAGAUCUGGCAGGGGCUCGAUGACGUGCAGAAACUCAUGGGUGCCGCCGUCAUCCUCACCAGUCACAGCAUGGAGGAGUGCGAAGCCCUGUGCCAGAGGAUAUCCAUCAUGGUGAACGGCUCCUUCCGAUGCCUCGGCUCGACGCAGCACCUCAAGUCCAAGUUUGGCGAGGGCUUCACGGUCAUCGUCAAGAUGGGCCAGGAGCAGGCCGCCAGCUCCGACGCGAUGACGACCAUCUGCAACGCCAUGCUGACCAAAUUUCCGGACAACUGUGUGCUCAGGGACAGCCACCAGGCCUUGCUUCACUUCCACGUCACCGACACCGGCCUGAAGUGGAGCCAGCUCUUUGAGACCUUGGAGUCGCUCAAGCAGGAGCUCUCGUUCGAAGACUACAUUGUCAGCGACACCACGCUGGAGCAAAUUUUCCUGGCGUUUGCGAGGUCGCAGCGAGACACGAUGACCGAGGCCUCCGUCGGCUGCUUCCGAAAGUGCUGCCCUUUCUAGCUCUGGCUUUCUUAGCUGUUCUGGCCAAAUGGCGCUGCCAAGCAUUGCCUGCACUUUCGCCACAAUUUUGGGGGCACGGAAGGUUGUACAAGGUCGCCGCUAACAGGAACCCAGAUGUUCUCUCGAGUGUCUUAAAGUUUCGAGCUUACAACAACUUCAUUAUAAUAGCAGGCAUGAAAACACCACGUGAAUAGGACGAGGUUGGCUUAGGAGGGUCACCUUUCUGCAAACCGCGGCACAUCUUAGAAUAGUUCUAUCCAUGAUGAGAUAGUUUCUUUUGGCAAUUGUGUGGUUAGUUGCUCAAAAUGAGUUUGGUGGUUCAGCAUUUCUCACUGGCUUUUUCUUUAUCUGUAGUGCAAACACUGUUUUGCAUUUGGGAAAAAAAAGAUUGGCAAACGUCUAAAAGUUUACCGUAGCUGCUGCAGUGAUAUUAACUUUCCAUCGAAGACCACUGCCUUGGUAAUUCGUUUACUCACUCUAGUUUGAUGAGAAAGCCUAUGGAGAGGAAUCAGUUUUGCAUAUAAGUCUGCAGCAUAUGCCUUACUUACUCGAACCGAGACCAGUACGCCGUGAAAGAUGGGAAGUUCGUAUUGAAUCUUGCUGUGAUAAGGGGAGCUGUGGGCUCUCGGUUUUGGCAGCCUUCUCUGUUCACCAAGUUGCGGUGAUAGACGAUGUGUGGACGGUGUUGCAUUGCCUUUUGUGAUGUUUUGUGUGUGGUCGCCGCACUGCUAGCUUUCUGCAGUGCUAGGUUUUCUGCGUUUGAAAGGGUUUGACGUUUGAGAUGACGGUGCUGAGUGCGGGCGCUUGUGCAAGACGGGAAGGACAUUGUGCUUGUGAAAUCCUAGCGAUGCGACGAGUAUGGCGGACGGAAGUGGCUGAGUUUAUUUUGCCAGACCUCUCGGCGACAUGCAAAACUGUCACCUUUUCGUGACUGUGCACUGUGAUUUUGUUAGGUAAGAAGAUGCCUUGCGGUUAUCAAAAUGUGUCGAGAUGCAGAAAUUGUUUUUUGCGAGUGAGCUGCAAGUGGGCAGGAAAGUUGCACCUGUCAUCUUAGUUGGAACUGUGUGUUUAUGAUGGGUGGCACAGAGUUUGCAGGAGUGUGGGUUGCCUGCUGCGUCACUUGCUCGGCAACUUUUGCUUUUUGUAUUUCCUAGACGUAUUGAAGCCAGUUCUCUGGCAAAAAGAUAUUUAUCGAUGAGAAUAAUACAGCAUACAUUGUAGCAUUUUGAGUUUCGGAUACGGUUUUCUAAGCCUUUUUGUUCUGCUGAUAAUGUUCUAUAGGUUUAUUAAGCAAAAGUACUACUUCCGGAGUAUGAUUUAUAUCACAGAGUGAUUGUGAAGUGUGUCGUACUGCUUGUUUUGCAAGGAAGGUGUUGUUUUGUAAUGUGUAUUGCGCAAAGUGUUCUAGUGAAAGGCUAGCCAUUAUUGAUAAUUAUCACAAGUGAUGUGAGCCAGGUAAUUCACUUCUUCAAUUACAUGCUUCUAGCUUUCUGAUCAAAUGUACUGAAUAAUUGAUACUUCAUGAUAGGUAAUCAUGGUUCAUGGUAAUCAAAGUCAUGCAGUUGCACGUUGUGACUGCGAGGUUGUCUUUUGAAAUAUUUUGAAUAUUCCAAAGGAUUGUCAAAUGCCGUCAAUACUGUUGUGUAUUAAUCUUUGCUUCCUACGUGUUGCUUUGUGUGUUUGUGUUGUGUAAUACUUUUGUAUAAAAGUACACAAACAGGUGUUUACUGUGGAAUGCAAUCUGUUUGGAAUAAAUUGCUAUGCAGUUUUCUUGUUAUUAUUGCUGGUAUUGAAACUGGUCUUUUUUGGACAAAAUGAAGAAGGGAAAAGGAAUCUCCAAAUCUGUUAAACUUCCGAAACAUUCUUUUGCCUGAUGUUUUUGACAUUGCAAAUGCAAAUGGUUUUAUAAAUUAUUGAACUGCUCUUUCUAUGGAUGUGUGGACACUGACUGUUUAGGACUGGCAUUGUUGAAACUCUCAUGAGUGUAGCAACUGUUACCUUCUAUUACUUGAAAUGUUGAGUCAUUUCAUGUAGAGCUGCCAUUAAGGUUAGCUUGCAGACAUGUGGCAUUCUUCCAAUGGUGUAAUUUAGCAGACGUGAAAUGUUAAAACUCGGAAGGUUCUUGGAAGACAGAACAUGCUAUAAUAAAGAAAUCAGCUAAAGAAUAGAAAUAAUAUGCCUAAAUUGUGUUCAGGUUGGGUCUCGGCAGUAGUAGACCAAAAGGCACUAGUAAAGUUUUCUUUCCCACAUUGCACUUUUUCCGAUUGUUCAAAUGAAGAAAACGCAGCAGCUAUGCCCAAGAAAAUGCACGGAAUAUCUUUACACACGUCACCUGUUUUUACGCCAUCAUUUGACCACCACCUUUUCAUCAUUCAUUGUUUCAUGCUGCCCUGUUACAUGCACUAGCAGUUAAAAACAUGCCAAGCAUGUUUCAUGUGUCAGUUUGGUUUGUGAUGUACAUUAGACUUCCGUUAAUUCGACUCCGGUUAAUUCGAUUUUUCAGUUAUUUAGAUCCUGGCUGGCGCCCAUGCAUUUUUAUGGGCCCAAAGUUUUGUUAUAUUGAUCCUAAAAGUAACCUUCCCCGGAGAAUUCGAACUUCAUCAGCCAGCACGCAUGUGCCUGACCCCUAUGGUGACCCCAAUAGCAACUCCUUUAGUGACAGCAUGUCUCGAUAGAGCCUAGGGGACAGUGAAUGCGUUGACCGCACAUCACCUCCCAUCGAAAACGGCCAUUUUCGGCCUGCCCUAGGAACAUUUUCAAGCAAUAACCAUAGCUCACAAUGUCUUUACGCUACUAUCGGAUUCUAAUGUGCAUCCUUUUUUUUUCAGCAAAAUUGGGCUUAAAAUAUCUAGCGUGGUGCAAUCGGAUACGAGACCAAAACCGCCUUUGCGACAUUCGUAUGCUUUACCAUAUAACACAAAUGUACAGCAGCGAAGCUGACUUUAAAAAACUUGUGCGGGGAAGUUGAUCUUCGGAAACCAGACACAUAAUAGACCAUUGCCCAUUUUUAAUGCAUUAGCAUAGGAGUGCGAGUGGAAAAAAGUAUGUGCGUGAUAUAUUGUCGAGUGAGCUCCGGAACAACGCUUUGCAAUGAGGCGAACGUGGUUUAAAUCAUGGAUCCGGAAGCUCAAAAAAGGUGUGACGUGAUGCUAAUGCAUUUCUCUUACAUUUACCACUAAAUCGCUGCCGAGUUUUUGGGUGUGCAACUUGGGUGUGCAUUAGAUUUCUACUUUGAUUAGGAGCUUUAGUGUCCUUUCUACAUUAAUUUUCUACUUUGAACACAAAGUAGAAAGCACAUUAGACUCGUGCAAAUGCUUCUAAAUAAAUCGAUCAGUUUUGUCAUUUUUUCGAAGUGUUUAACUCGAUCAAUUUCGCUGGUGCCUGCAAGGUAGAAUUAACGGAAGUCGACUGUACUUUUUAUUUGCUAGCAAAUUAAGCCGCUGUAUUUGUUUGUGUUUUCAAUCUUUUAGUCGGCACUAUUAAGUGCACCACAUGUUGCAAACACGGUGAAUGCAUGCUAUUAACAAAUACCUACUCAAUUGUUGCAAACACGGCAAGCGUGCAUUUCCAAAAUGUGCUGAAUUUAUUAGUGUCAGCUAAAGCAGCAUAAGAACAAACAAGUACUACAGCAAUGUUUAAUGUUCGAUAUGCUGUUUCUUUUUUUUGUGUUAAGCUCCAUCAACCCUGUCAAAGUAAGGGUAAGAAAAGUAAACCAAUGUAUAAUUAAGCCAUUGACUUGGGAACACGUGUUUAGAUAUGCGUAAUUUUUCAGCAAGAUGGAAGAGCAGGUAAAAAAUUUGGCACUGAAGGCUAACUUGCUUGAGCUGUUUAUGAAGAUGAGUCUAGUUUACUGCUGCCACCUGUUGGAAAUAAUGGUAAGAGUUUAUUCCUGUUUACAUCCAUCAAAAUGUAACUGGCAAAGGUUACCAUAAAGUUGUCAAUAAAAAACCUAUUUUCUAUUUCAUCAGAGGUAUUCAUCAGACAUCAGAAGUCUGCUGUAGUAUGCUGUUUACGCACACUGAAGAGGAAGAAUGUGUUGACUCCGUCAAGAGCUUGUGAUUGGACAUUGCGGCAAUGCUUUGCGUUGAACUGUCUUUGCAUUCAUGACAUUGGUCUUGUUUUCAAUUAGGGAUAAGGUCCUUAUGCAUAUCUUUUCAGUCAUGUUUUCAGGUAGGAAUAGGCAUCUCGCUUUUACCUUUCCUUUCUUUUAUAAUCCAAUACUCGUUUGCGUAAUACUAAAUGUAUCACAUAAUGUGCAGCCAGCCUUCCUUUUUAAUUGCAUCUAAUUCUAAUUGCUCCACUUUUUUCUCAGAGGCACAUGCAGAAGCAAGAUGUCGGUGCUCCAUUAUAUUACACUGUAUUUUGUUUAGUUUCGUAAGUGAUAUGGUUUUGUCAAAUGUAAGCACAUUUUUCUUUUUUUUGGGGGGGGGGGGGAUAGAUUUCUAGGAAGAUGAAAUCAUUUGUCAUGUUGCCAUAGUCAUCAUGAAAGGUUGCGUUGAUUCCUUUCGCACCCUAUGAACAGUGUGUGGUUUUGUUAAGAUACCGAGUCCACACUACCAGCAUUAUUAUUCAAUAUGUGUAUAUUCUCCUGUUGAUGCAGAUCUCUCACACCAAAUUUUCAACUUGUGGGCGAACAUCACGCAUGAUGUGUACUUUCAUGCGGGAUCCGAAUUUAAAGAUUCCCAUGUGAUGUCACUUUCUGUUAUGCACACUGGUCAUUACAUGUUAUUUUCCUAAUGACGUGUUGCUUAGGUGGUGAGCUUUUAUUUCAAAAUUUUGACAUCCUUUAUUUUUCAGUUGACACAUCACCUUAUAAAUGAAUCUUGUUGUAAUUUAAAUGUAGGAGAAGAUAAAGCUGUGCAGAAAGUAAAAAAAAAUGUUUAAGUGCCCGUAAUUUCUACUGCUCUACUUUGGAAUGUUUGUGUCACUGGUCUAGAGCAUGUUUUUAUCUGCAGUAAAUGAGGCAGCCUGUUGAGAUGUCGUGCUUAUGGCUUUCAUGUUGGCGAUCAAAAAACUAUGCAGAAUAAUCUGCUAGUGAUGGAAAUGUCUUGUCGUCAAAGCUGCCACAAUGCAGUCACGCUGCUUUAAUGCCGUCCAUUUUUUCUGGCCUAAACCAAGUCGAUGCAUGCAACCAUUCAUCUCAGUAUACUUAGUCGAAUGCACAGUAUUAACAUUAGUAUUGCCAAAAUAUUUCACCCUAUUUAUAGUCAAACAUUGGUUUGUAGACACAAUGUAAUUAAUCUUUUUUUUUUUGCACAGUUAAAAAAGUGGCCAUUAUUGCUUUUAAUAUGCUCAGUGGUUGUGUGCGGUGAUGCACAAAUAAAUCUUAUGCAAGUGUCUGACUAUUGAAAUAAUUAUGGUUCAAUAUUUUGUAAUAUAAGUUGCAAAAUGUGCAAGUUCGGAAUGUAUGUGUUGUCAUUAGGUCAUCAUUGCCUCUUGCUUUAGGGCUGGGUACAUUGAUUAUUCUGACCAGUGUUUCGAGUCACUAUAAGUGAAAGCGCAAAAAUAGCAUCAUAGCAAAGAAUCUGUUGCAAGAGCUAUACAUGUUCUGACCAGGUCAGUGGACCAUUUCUGGUACAUUUCCACAUGACCAUUUUGGUGCUUGAUAUGAGGUAGAGUGGUAAUAUUAGGUAAUGCCUUGGUUUGUCUGAAAUAAGUAUUAAGUGUUCACCUGGUACGUUCAACACUGUCUAUACUGCAGAUUGGAGAUGACUGCCUACUGUUAGCCAUGUAUUUUUUCUAUGAAUGUAUUCAGCAGCAGCUUUUCUUGCUUCAUUGAUGUCUGCAUUAUAAUGACCUGAUGAACACAUUAUACUUUUUUUUUUCUUUCUGAUCCCCUUGAGAGACUCCUUUAGCAAACAUUGGUGCUAUUCUUACUGAAAUGAUUCCAUAUGUGGGCCUAUAAUUCCACAUGUUUGAAAGAUGUCUCUUAUAUGAAUCCUACAGAAGCGAUAUUGAUUCCAUAUUAAUUUCACAAAACAUCUGUAACGUUCGUCUGGGAAGCCUGGGACUAUUGGAUGCUUCAAUGAUGUAGCACGCACUGUGCAAAAACAACUACGGUAUUUGAAUUUACAAAUUCCUGGUCGUCACUUAAACCAUCGCUAUCAAAGCACACAGACAUGUUUAUUCAUUUUUAUUUGGCACUUCACUUUAUUGGUGAAGCACUUACCAACUUAUUAUCAUUUUCAUUUUUUAGUCCUGCUCUAUCCUAGUCAAUGUUUGGUUAGUUUCUUUUCUUUUAAUUACCUGUCACAUGUUUUCUUUAUCUCAUGGACUGUAUUCUGGCUGCAAAUGCUUUGUCCUGUCCAUGCCCAAUGUGAUGCUUUGUAAUAACUAUUUUCAUGCAGCACUCAAAAUAAACCAUUGUUGAAGCUCUUACACAA